UAAAUAGGGCUUCAGCCAAACGCUUGAUGCACGAAACCACCUCAAAUUUUGGAGAUUCGAGCGGUCCAGCUGAUCACAUCGAGUUGGAUAAGCUAUCGAUCCCUUCAUCAAUAUCUUAGGGUAAAAGCGAACCGUCCGAGCUCAGCAAUUGGUUUUGAUGAAAUGAAGUUGAAGAUCAACAAAGCUUGCGAUCUCAGCGCCAUUUCAGUUCUCCCUCCUCAUUCAAGGAGAUCGAGCAUCGUUUCGAAUGGAGCGGGGACCUCGGCGGCUUUUGGCAGGAGCCAAAUGUCUCAGAUUCGCUCGCAGCCAUCUCAACAGUCGUUUUCGCAGGGAGUUUCAUCUCAGCAUGGAAUCUUCUCUCAGUUGUCGCAAAACUCUCUCGACGACGUUGUGACGAACGACCAGAGGCCUGGUUCUCAAGAAAGAGAGAAUUCAGUGAAGAAGGUUUCUUGCUUGCCCCCUGUCAACUACUCUCGUGAUGAGAGUCAAUUGGCAAUCUCAAGAUCCUCCACCAAUCUAAUGCGCAGAUGGAGCUCUAGUUCUCCUGCAGAUCACAGAUGUCAGACAAGCGAAGAACUUGAACGCAGAAUUGCAAUUGUGGAAACUUCAUUAAAUAGAUUGGGGAUGAUAUUGGAUUGUGUUCAGAGUGACAUCAUGCAAGUAAACAAGGGGACAAAGGAAGUAUUAUUGGAGAUGGAAGGCAUGCGGCAGAAGUUGGUGGCUAAUGAUAAUUUGCUGCAGCUAAUGAACAAGGGUCAAGAAGAUAUGAAAAACAACCUCGUUGGGGGCCUAAAAUCCAUUUCUGAUCAAGUCAGCCAGGACACAUAUCGCGAGGGGUUAAAGGAGUCCCUUUCAAUCGUAUCAGAUUUACCAGAGCAGAUUGAUCUAUGGUUGCAAAAAUUGAAAUCUGAACUCUGCACGACAGUAAUGCAAGAAUUGCAGGCAAUUCCUUGCAGCUUGAGAAUACCCAGCCAAAAGCUUCAAAGUCCCACUGUUUCCCCAGAAGAUAAUCAUCGUGCCGCUCCCUUAUGGAUGGCACCUGUCAAGAAUCCUGAAGUGCAUCCAGAGAUACCUGGCAAAGCAAUUCUGGUUCCAAAGAUAGAAGUGGGUAACUGGACAGCAGUUAAAAAGGGUCAAGCUACUUUCACGUACAGUGGCUUGACUAAUGAGCACAAACAACAGAAACUGUCUUCCAUUGAAAUGGGGAGAGAAUGUAGAGUUAUCAAUGAAUCUGAUGAGGAGAUUGAUGGAGGCUUUUCCUGUUUACUUGAAGAAAAGGAGACAGACAUAGGAAGCAGUUUCACAAUGGCAGAAGCAAAGGAAGCGACUGAAAGGAUUCUGAGGAAAGCAAGGAGGAGAAAGAGAAAAUACGUUAAUAAUAUUAUAAUUUUAGAGUGAAGGCUUAACUGGCAGUCAGAUUGGUUCUGGUGUAUUUUGGAGUUUAUGAAAUCCAAACUGCCAUUGGGACGCGAUCAAGAGACAAUGAAUUUGAAGGUCUGAAUCUCUAAUGACGAAGCAAAGCAAAUCAAGCUAAGCCGUGGCCGUAAUCAAGCAUCAGACAACAAUGACUAAGGUCCCCAUGCAAUUAAGUGAACACCAAACAAGAGGGUAGGAAAUGCAAGCCUUUUGAUUGUGGGGUAAGGUUUGGUUUAUGGUACUACUGUGUGUGCAUAAAUUGUUCGGCAGGGAAGGCCUUCCAAAUUCCAAUUGCCACCUGCAAGUGGGUGUUAAUUGCUUCUGAAAAAGGGGAAUAUGAUUUUUCAUUACAUAUUUUUCUCAAGUUAGUUCUAUACAAGCUGGAUCUUGAACACCGCCCUUCCACCCCCCAAAAAAAUAAAAAAUAUAUGUUUA